CGCGGCGGGUGUGCGCAGAAGCGUGGCUGUCCUCUCCGGAGAGCAAUGCAAGAAGCGACACCGCCGCCUCGAGUAAGUCAGAACCGCCCCCGGGGCGACCGCUUCCCCGCCUUCCUCAGCAACCCCGCCGAAAACUUGCCAGCCUGCUAGACGAGCUGCUGGGUGGGAGAUGUGUGGCGACGGCGACAGCAGCAGGACGCCGCGGGGGCCCCCCUCGGCGGCUGGGCGCUGCUGGCUUCCCGCCACGCCGCUGCUGCUCAUUGCCUACUUGAGCUACCUGCUGCUGGGCAGCGCCGCGUUCUGGGCGAUCGAAGGGCCGGUGGAGCAGGGCACGGCGCACCGGCUGCUGCAGGAGAAGUGGGACCUGCUGGAGAACUUCACCUGCCUGGAGAGGGAGGCUCUCGAGCAGCUCCUGAAGGGUGUCAUCCAGGCUUACAAGAGUGGACUUGUUGUUAAAGGAAAUACGAGUCUGGGCAGAUGGGACUUUGUUGGCUCCUUCUUCUUCUCUGUUUCUGCAGUAACAACCAUUGGCUAUGGUAACUUGAGUCCCAGCACAGUGACUGCACAAGUCUUCUGCAUCUUCUUUGCUCUCUUUGGGAUCCCCUUAAACCUUGUCCUCCUGAAUAGGAUAGGACGGCUGAUGCUUUCUGGUGUUCAUCAGUGUGCCCGCCACUUGGGUGAGAAGUUCCACUGGCAGAGAGAGGCAGCCGUGUUGACACGGAUUUGUGCGCUAGUUGCUGGUCUCUUGCUAUUCCUUCUGCUACCUCCUCUAUUGUUCACUGCCAUAGAGGGCUGGACCUAUGAAGAAGGAUUCUACUACUCCUUCAUUACUCUUAGCACAAUAGGCUUUGGAGACUAUGUAAUUGGUAUGAACCCUGAUCGCACUUACCCAGCCUGGUACAAGAAUGUGGUUUCUCUGUGGAUUCUCUUUGGGAUGUCCUGGUUAGCCCUGAUCAUCAAUCUUUGCAUCAGCUUGCUAGAGAGUUACAGUGGCAUCUGCCAGUGCUGCAAGAGAAAGAGCAAAGGGAUGGCGCAGGACUGGAAAGACAACCAAAAUGCCAGUUUAGAGCCUGAGGAUGGGCAGAGCUGCAGCAUGAAAGACACCAAGCCUGCAGGACCAGACUGAGUUCUAUUUGUUCAGCUGAAGUGUUUUGAUUUGGCAGGAGGGUGGCUGGGCAGUCCCCAGUUGGGGUGCCAUGCUCCGGCUGCAGCAGAUGUGUGACUCUUGGGCCACAGUGGAAAUGAAAGUGUGCCCAUCGUGUAGCCAAGGACUCCCUCACACAUGGUAUCUUUCCUACUUGCUGUAUAGGAAUGUAUAGGAAAAGCCUAUGCUGUUUUGUAUGAAAUCAGCAGAAGGGUUUAUUCUGCAGCAAGUACAAAAAUUGGGAAACCAUUGUCACGAGACAACCUCCAUCUUGGAAACUUUGGCCUCUGACCCAAGCAAGGCUGAGCAGAGCCCCAUUCACUGAUAGGCACUUGAUGCUAGGAGGAAGCAAGCCCCAAGGUGGGUCAAACAGCUGUGUCACGCAAAUCUGAGCUAGUGCAAAGCCACCUAGAAAAGGUUGGUGCUCCCAUCCUGAAUUCCUUGCAUACCCAAUAGGGCCAGAGUUCCAAGUAAAGUGGUUCUGGGUCUUGAGCAAAAGAUCAUUUCUGGAAAUUUGAACCACCCCACCCUACAAUCCAAUCAAGACAAGCUUUCAGGCAGCUAAUUAGACUUGGCACAAUGAGCCCUUUUGUCCAAUGAGCUCAUUUGAAUAAUGAAUGUCCCAUCCACACAUCUCCUCUAGAUUCUGUACUGGAAGGUUCCCCCUUCUCUCUUUUCUAUUUCUAGUUUUCCCUGCAGAUGGAAAAUCCCUAUUAAAAGCCUUUGCUCUCAAGCCCAAGAUCAAAAUAUUUUGGUUUGCCCAGCAAUCUGCUCAGCUGAGUGUCUGUAGUGCACUCAAAGCCUUUCUCCUUUGGCUGAAUCCCGCUGUCAUUGAGCUGAAAUGCUGGACUGCAGAGCCCAGACCCACUGAGCUAAAAUCACAUUCCCACAGUGAUCCUAGCAUAGGCUUACAGUGGGGAAAGCUGCAUAAGCUAUUCUUGGAACAAAACAUCCUUGAGCCAUUCUCUGCAUAGGGGGGUAGUAGUCCCUGUACCUGACUAGCUUGAACCCCUGAAUGGAGCCAAUGGAUCUGGACCAUUCCCUGUGUGAAUUUGCUGCCCGCAAACUGCUGCACCUCACUGCCAUGGAAAACCAGUGAUCCCUUUGCUAGCUGUGGCCAUGCAGAGUGAACUUGGUGCCAAAUCAGCACCCUGAGACUUUUUCUUGCCUGCCACUCUAACAGCACCUCUGUGGCCCAGACCCUUGAAUCUCCCUCUGUGAGAUUCAUAAGUCUCUACUCGGUCCCUUCCCCUUUCCACCCAUGUGCCAAUGCCUGCCAACUAUCAAGCUAUUAGAGCCUUCCUUCCCACCCGCUACCAGCUUCUCUCUCUCAGGGAACUGUCUUCACUCUCUGCACAACCAGGAUUAUCUGAAGGUUGCCAAAUGCUGAAUUUUACAUUAUCCCUCUGCUUUAUACAAAAUAAACGUUCUUUAUUUU